UAAUAACUAUUUAUAAAUAUGAUUUUAUUUAUUUGUAAUAUUGUGUUAUAUAGUUUAUUUAUAUAUUCUAUCCUGUUGUUAUUAAAGUAUUCUAGACUCUAAUGUUAAGCAGUUAUUUGUCCGACACAUUGAAUGGUACAUUGGCACAGAAAGCGAGAGGGUCUUUAAAUUGGAGCACGCGGCCUGAGGCAGCGUCUACGCAGGAGAACCAAUCAGAUACCGCAUAUGAGUUUUGGAAGCUGAAGCAUCAGUACAAAGGUCCGCGUGCGCGAGCCUUCGCAGCUAUCAGUCAUCGAGAGCAGAGCCUUCAUGAAAGCCACAGAUAUGAGCAGAGAAGCAGAGAGAGAUAAUCCAAAUCAAACAGACUGCAAAUGUAAAUCGCCUGCUCUGUUGUCUUCAUACUGCAUUGACAGUAUUCUUGCUAGAAGUCCUUUAAAAGUCAAAGUCUCAGGAGAGCGCAUUUUGGCGACUAAAAAAACUGCCAACAGUUUGUGGCCCGUUCAAACGGACAUGCACCUGCCUCCCAAACUCCGCCGCCCCUUUGCCCCCUCGGGCAGGAUGACAGAUUCUUCUAUACAACUUCAUAAGGAUGACAGUGAACCAUCCGAGACACUACAACUGCAUACAACCUGUGAAAACUUCAAGAUCACAGAGACCUCUUUAGUAACUAAACCUUUUCACGACCACGCGUCUCAUAAGUCAUGCAGUCCCGCGCAAAGACCAGAAGAGGACGAAACAGAUCACGAAAGACAGUGCAAAGAGACACAUUUAUCCCCGGGACUUCAGGAAAAAAACACAUAUUUGAAGAGCAAUGAUGACACUUCUUUAUCAGCGGGGAGUGACACUGAAGAUCACGCAGUGUUAAAACGGAAACAGAGGAGAUAUCGGACUACAUUCACCAGCUAUCAGCUUGAGGAGCUGGAAAGAGCUUUCCAGAAGACUCACUAUCCAGAUGUGUUCACGAGGGAAGAGUUAGCAAUGAGAUUAGACCUCACAGAGGCGCGAGUGCAAGUCUGGUUCCAGAACCGACGUGCAAAAUGGAGGAAAAGGGAAAAAGCAGGGAUCCACUCGCACCCCCUGAGUCUACACUAUCCUGGAACGUCUCCUGCUGCACAGCCCUUGUGUCAUUACCUGAGCGGGAAUCAAUUUGUCCCAAACCCACAUCCAGCUACUGAUUCAGUUUGGCCUCUUCAAAGACUGUCUCAACCAUCCACAGGCUCGCCCUCAGCCCACAGCUUCAGUGCCCUGUUAGGGGCAGCAAUGUUUAGACAUCCUGCUUUCAUCAAUCCCACUUUUGGAAGACUGUUUACAAGCUUAGGUCCAAUGGCACUGCAGAGGUUACAACUUUCUGCCAUCGAGGUUCCGAUUCAACCCAACUCCCACAUCACCAAUAACCUUCUCUCCUCAUCGUCACCAUCAUUACCUCCCUCUCCAUCUGUGGACCUUCGCGCCUCCAGCAUAGCAGCACUGCGUCUCAAAGCAAAGGAGCAUUCUGCUCAUCUCACUCAGAUCUCAGAUCAGUGCUGAUGGACAUACAUAUCACUUGAGAGAUGGCAAAAGACCAAAGUCAAGAAGUUGAAAUGAAUAACUCCUCCAGUUGUUAAUAAGUGCUAAAUGUUUUUUUUUCAAUGGCUAUGGAUCCAUGAUAUUUUCAUAGCAUAGCAUUUUUAAUGCCUAUACGGGUGUAAUAAGUGCUAAAUGUUUUUUUUUCAAUGGCUAUGGAUCCAUGAUAUUUUCAUAGCAUAGCAUUUUUAAUGCCUAUACGGGUGUAUGCAUUUAGCAAAAAAGCUGAGUAAAUUAACUUACACUAGGUUGUUUGAUUAUACAUUGUUUAUGUUCUUAAUUUUACUUUCAUGUUAAUAGAUUUGUGCUGCACUUUCUGUAUUAAAGAGAUGACUGAAAUAGUUUUAUGGCAAGAUUUGAGUUAUAUUUGUUUUUAUAGAGGGUAUGCAUUGACGUCACUUUUCCACGUGACCACGCUGGAACUCGCCCUGUUGAGUGGCAAACGUUCAACAAAAUGGCUGGUUUUCAUAGCGGGUGCUGCGAAAAUGCCAGUAAAACUGACUAUUAUCAAAUUAAAUUGAAUUUAGUUGGACUUUAUAGCAGAGGUGGACAAUACUUAGUUACAUUAGUUACAUUUUCCAAGCAUCUGUGCUUUAUUAGGUUGUUUGUAUUGGGAAAAAUGUUACUUCACUACAUUCUAAAGUAUAUAAUCAUACUGUGUAUUCUUUAAUAUUGCAUAUUAAAAUUUAUUUAAUACCUAAACACAUUUAAAUUGUGUACUUUUACGUGAGUAAAA